AUGACGACGCCAAUGAUGCUGGACGAUAUCAAAAUCGAAUAUCAUCCACAUAGCAGGAUACCUUCAACCGUUCAUCCGUUUUCCGAUUUUUCUCGCCGCCGUCCUACAGAGGAUACAAUGCCUCGUAACGCCUCUCCGUGGGAACCAUUCCGCACAUGGCUCGACUUCGAGGUCGCAGAGAUUGCGCUUGCUGCAGCGAUGACGAAAGACCAGACCAACAGGCUUUUUGAGCUCAUGAUUUACACCUAUAGUCGGUUCGCACCGCAUUUCGUGUUUGAUGCUCAGCGCCUCUAUAAAUUUAACGGAGCACGUUUUGUGCGAUUCAUAGACGAGCCCUGGACUGCUAAUGCUUUCUGGGAUGCACAAUUACAGUCGCGCCUUCCACCCGAUGCUAAGCCGCUUGCGUUCAUCCUGUAUGCCGACAAGGCCAAACUAUCUUCUUUCGGAACCGAGAAGGGCUACCCAAUUGUUGUGUGGAUUGCAAAUUUGCCUGUUGAGAUUCGCAAUGGUACGGGUGUAGGUGGUGGACGAGUUGUUGGUUGGUUGCCGAUUGUUAAAGAAGAUCCAAAACAUAGCAAAAAGAAAAGUUUUGUGAACUUCAAGAAUGCAGUCUGGCACGAGUCAUUCCUCAAGCUACUCGAGGCAGUCAUAGUACACUCGAAGAGUGGAUAUUGGUUUGAAUGUUGGGACCACGUACAACACCUUCUUUGGCCUUUAAUACUGAUUCUAAGCGCCGAUUAUGAGGAACAGUGUGUUAUGUCCUUAAUUCGGGGACUUAAAGGUAAAUUUCCGUGUCCGGUUUGCUUGGUUCCUCAAGAACAGCAAUCGGUAUUGUCGGACACACAUCCGUUACGCACAAGUACUCAGUCUCUCGACAUUCUCAAUGCGGCAAGAUCAACAUCGACAGAAAAGGAAAAGGAGAAACAUCUCAAGGCCACAAAUUUACUUCUAGCUUCACAGAAUUGUUUUUGGAAGGUUUCUCACUGCGACGUUCACCGAGCACUUUCAUUUGACCGCCUGCAUUCCAAUAAUGCUGGGAUGUGGGGCGAUCAUCUGUGGUCGGAGCUCCAGUUCUGGCUUAAAGAUUUGGGACGAGAAGCUGUUGUUAAGAUUGAUGCGAAUUUUGAUGCUCUCCCAAGGUGGCGCGACCUCAGGCACUUCUCGCAGGUGGUGGGGGUUGAUUUCAAUGAUGGCUCAGCUCACAAAGACAUAUCGAAGAUGAUCAUCUUUACAGUGCAGAAUGUCCUCAGCCGAACUAAUAGUGAACUCGGUUAUCUACUUCUACGCUGCAUACGUUGCUAUGUCGACCUCGACAUAUAUGCAGCACUACAGGUUCACACCGAAGAUACCAUUGCAGCUGGAAGAGAUGCCUUGUCUCGAUUCUCAAUGCUCAUGGAUCCUGAAACCGGAAAGAGUUGGAAUUUUCCGAAGAAGCAUUUGCUUACGCAUUUGUUUGACGAUAUCCUUGCGAAAGGUGUCACACGGAAUUAUAACACAAAGGUGAAUGAAAAAAUGCAUGGCCCACUAAGAGCUAUCUACCUCCGGCGGACAAAUUUCAAAGAUGUCGCUCCCCAGAUCCUCCGCUACGACCACUGGCAACUUACAUCAACUUCUAUCCAUGAUGAGAUCGAUGACCUAGACGCGUAUACUGACAACUUGAAAGCUGCUAUAGAGCCUGAGGCAACCAAGAAUCCUGAAGAUGUUGUAAAUGCAGCAGCACGUGUACAGUUGGGUGCGAGGCAGGGCGAUUUCUCCUUUUCAGACAUCGAGCAAUCACAUGCCACAGACAGGGCAUUUUUUGGUUUUCGAAUCAAGUUGAACAAAUUUUUCAACGACUUGCUGCCGAACGAUGCAAUUCCCUUGCCAAACGAGACAUGCAGCAGAUUUCAAGCUUGUGACCAGAUCACGGAAUUUCGAUACCUCCGGGUGAAUUAUGAGUCGAUGGUUGACUGGCGUCUGCAACGAGACCUCCUUCGAUGUAACCCGAAAUUCUUUGGGUCACCAAGAUAUGACUGCAUCAUCAUAAAGACUGAACACCAGCCAUUUUUCGCACGUCUUAUCUACAUGUUCCGCUGCAAAGUUGGGGGGACUGAACUUUCUCUUGCCCUGAUCCAUCCUUACGACAUUGGUAUUGGUGUUCGCCGCAGACAAGACUUAGAUUUGGGGCUCUGGCGGGUGCGAGCGAAACCUCGGUCAUCUUCUGAAUUCAUCUUUGUCGAGUCCAUCAUUCGUGGCGUUGCACUCGCCAGUGACCCUGAAGCAGUCAAUGAUUACUUCGUCAUGGAUACCAUUGAUACAGACAUGUUCCUCCGCAUGAAGGCACUUCAAAAACAACAAUACUGUGAGGAACAAAUGAUGCUCCAGACUGUAUCUGCAAAUGUUGUGAGGUCGCGCGUUGCCUAG